GACCCGCCGGUGCAGAUGAAAAUCCAAAAUGGGGCAAAAAGGAAACAGUCUCUAAAUACACCGACAACACGGAGCCAUGCAAAGUUGCCGUUUCCAGCGAACCUCUCUGGUCAUUUGAGGUAAAACGCUUUCCAUUCUCGCAACCUUACUUAGUGCGGUGCCUUCCUUUGCAUCUUCAACCGUCGAAUUGCUACUCCUCCCAAAGCACCAGCUCUAAUUUCUCGUUCAGUUGGGAAUGUUUGCGCUCUGAGAGAGCGAGAAAUUAAACCAAUGGGUCGAGGGAAGAUCGAGAUCAAAAGAAUCGACAAUGCCAGCAGCAGGCAAGUCACGUUCUCGAAGCGGAGGACCGGGUUGUUCAAGAAGGCUCAGGAACUUUCCAUUCUCUGUGAAGCCGAGGUUGCCGUCAUAGUUUUCUCCAACACCGGCAAGCUCUUCGAGCUUUCCAGUUCUGGUAUGAAGCGAACACUUUCAAGAUACAACAAAUGCCUUGGUUCUACAGAUGCUGCUGUAGCAGAAAUUAAGACAGAAAAUGAAUUUCACUUAUGGGUGAAGGCUAGAAAAGGAAGAAAUGGUUUGAGCCUAUGGUACAAAAAGAGCAAGACGGGAAAUAUUCAAGCUAAUGAGCUACAGCUUAACAAUCUGCCUAUGUAUCUCACAAGGAUUGAGUUUGAUGUCUCUUUGAUUGGUAAACUUGAAUCUGUUACCAAAUUGUGGCAGGAAGAUUCUAAGAUGGUGGAGAUUCUAAGAGAGGAAAUUGCAGAGCUAGAAACAAAGCAAUUGUAUGUGUUCUGUCAAUCUCUGGUGGGUAAGGAUCUGACAGGAUUGGGUUUAAAGGAAUUGCAGAAUUUAGAGCAGCAACUUAAUGAGGGGUUAUUGUCUGUCAAGGCGAGAAAGAACAAUCUAGAGCAAUCUAGAGUUCAGGAACAACGGGUUAUGUUGGAGAAUGAAACUUUGUGCAGACAGAUUGAGGAGCUUCGGUGUUUGUUUCCACAAUCAGAACGAAUGGUCCCAUUCCAAUACCAACAUACUGAAGGAAAGAAUACUUUUGUAGAUACUGGUGCCAGAUAUCUCAACUUGGCCAAUAACUGUGGAAAUGAGAAAGGGAGUUCAGACACAUCAUUUCAUUUGGGGUUGCCUGCUGGUGUUCAAGAGGAAGGCCCCCAAGAAAGAAAACUUUGCAAAUGACUGAGCCUAGUUCUCUGAUUUUCUUAUAUUAACAGGGAAAAUAGAAUUUCAGACUAAUUUAUUGCAGUUGUAGUUAUGUACAAUAUAGAUUAGGGAGAAAAGGUAUGACCAAAAGUAACUCUCAAGUUAUAAAUUGAAUUUGGCUCUUUUAGAAUAUUGGAAAGAUGCACAUUAACCAUUUUUACCAAAUUCUGGCCUAAGUAACUGUGAAAUUUCUAAUGAAGACAAUGUUUAGUUUCUUUUACUGCUCUA